AUGUCGUCGACUCACAUCUUCAAUGUAGAAAUGACCUGUGAAGGGUGUUCAGGAGCUAUAGAAAGGAUUCUCAACAGGCUUAAGGGACAGGGUGUGGAAGAUGUUUCUAUAAGUCUACCUGAACAAAAAGUAUCUGUUACUUCAACAUUAAGCUCAGAUCAACUUCUGGAAGCGAUUAAAAAAGCAGGAAAGAAAACAACCUAUCUUGGUACACAAUAG